UCUUAGAUCCACGAUUCUCAUCGCAUUGUGGUACCUUUUCUGGGCAAGUGAUGCUAAACCAAUCUCAAUUCAUCAAAUCGAUGGUCUUAACAUAGUAAGAACGCACUCAAUCCUAAAGUGCAUGUUUGCUUGGCUGUGAUCGAGCAGCAAUGGCUUUUGUGGCUUAUAUUUCCACCACUCCGGGAUCGGUGCUGCAAUCCAGAAUACGCGUAUUGGCACGAUUUAUCUUGAUAGGCCUUUGUUCUCCAGUCCUCGUACUCCGUACCAUCGCCAAAUACAUCAAGCAGUGGCGACUCCCUGCGCUAGCAGGAAAGGGGAGCAUGACAAUGAAACGUUUCAGACAACCCAACGUCAUCGCUACGUGGUGAACAAGGGUUAUGCGGGGAGAAUAGCUGAUGUGUCUAUGGCAUGGGAACCAGGUUUG